AGUGGUGGUAUCUAUCAGAAUAAAUAUAUUCGAGGAACAAAGUAUUAGUCUUGACUUUGUUACCUUGUGACACUUUAGAACAAGAAGCCGUUCCUUUGCAUCCUAAUUAAGGUUUUGAGACACUACCUCGUGCUAGGUAAAUAGAAAUGAAUGAAUUACCACAAGCCUUGUUUGAUACCACGAAUUCAUCGUAAAAAUUCUUGUAGACUUCAAAUACAGGCUCUUCUUGUUGUAGUUCGCAGAAAAUGAGUUCUCGCAAAGUUUGAUUCCGGAACGAAGAUGCCGAAGAAGGACAAGGAGAAGAAUUUAUCUGCGAAAGCCAAAGCUAGGCUAGCAGCGAAAAAAGAGGCAGCCGCAGAUGGGGACGCUUCUAAAGCCGGACAAGGACAGCAGUCCAGCAGGAGUGCAGCUCGAAGGAAGUUCGACAAGCCGAAUACAGAACGACUGACCAGCGACGAACUUUAAAGCUUUUCCUAAAAAUUAUCCAUUUGUUCAUGAACGAAGCAAGCGUGAUCCUAGCUGGCUCCCGACCUGGGGAGGCUUUCUUUUUUAUUUACAGGGUGUUGUAACUAAAAGGUCUCAGAUGGAAGCUGAAGCUGAUAAAUAUUCAGGAUCAUGGACGAUUAAUACGGUUGUAGCACGUCUCUAAGCACUAGGCUUCGUGAUUCGGACUGGGCCUGAUGCGAUACAUAGGAGUAAAGCAACGUUGGAGAUAGAUGCGCGGGAGAUCAUCAUGCACGCGGGCAAGCAGGAGUUGCUCGAUGGUGCCCUACUACGAUGCAGCUACGGCGUGAAAUACGGUCUCAUAGGUCGAAACGGUGUAGGAAAGUCGACACUGCUCAGAGCAAUAUCAGAUCGGGAUGGUACCUACUCACAACUCCUAUGAGAUAAGUUCUUAGUCGUGGAUGGAAAUGGAUGGAUGCGAAGAACUGUAGUUAUAAGACUUGUCGUGCCUCUACUUUCUUCUCAACAUAGCAAAACAAUAUUAAGCUUUUAGCUAACAAGAAGUACCCUCCCACUUCUUGUAUCCACCACCACCACCACCAGGCCGCGUCGAAAUCCCUGCUCAUAUGUCGCUCAUGCAUGUCGAGCAGGAAAUUACUGGUAGUGAAACAACCGUCAUUCAGACAGUGCUCGAGUCGCAUGCGGAGAGGGAAUAUCUUUUGGAGUUAGAAAAACGAUUUUUAGAAGACUCCGAGAUCGACCUCAUCUAUGGCGUCACCUUGAUGGAGGUGUAUGAGCGGUUGGAGGAACUCAAUUCGGAAGAAGCGGAGACCCAUGCUGCAAGAAUCCUAGCUGGUCUAGGUUUUACGCACAAAAAACAGAACACGCCAACCAAAGAGUUUAGCGGUGGGUGGCGAAUGCGUAUUGCUUUGGCCUCAGCGUUAUUUAAUGAGCCAGAUUUGUUGUUAUUAGACGAACCAACAAACCAUUUGGACGUGCAUGCGGUCACAUGGUUAGAUUAUGGCUUCAUAGGAGUUGAUGAAUACUUAUCAAUAUCUAUAUUACCCUUUCAUACAGCAUAGUAAAGCAUCAUACAAGAUUCUUCUCUGUCGUGACUUAAUUAGAGCACGUACUUGCCGAAUACUUAGACGAGUCAACAAAUCAUGACAUACUAGGUACUUAGAGCAACAGCAGGAAGUCCCCGCUAUUUUUACAGAAGUUGAAGUACAACGUUAGAUAUUCAUCAAGAUAGUGCGACGCCGACGUCCUCCUCUUCACAACAGGCUCUCCCUCGUCCUUCUAUAUUCUCUUUCCCACGUCUCUUGGUCCUCCUACACUCUCUUUCCCACGCUUCCUCCUCCUCUCCUGCAGAGGAAUUUCCUCUCACAGCCUCUCUCUAAUCUCUAGAAUUUCUGCAGGAGUGGGAGCGCACUGUGAUCAUUGUGUCACACGACCGAUCGUUUUUGAAUGCAGUGACGCAGAACACCAUAUUUCAAAAGCGAAAGAAACUCUGGUAUUAUGGCGGCAACUACGACACGUUUCUCAGGGUGCGCGCCGAGCACAGAGCAAACCAAGAGGUAGUAGCGAAGCAGCAAGAACGCAAGAAGGCCCACUUGAAGCAGUUCAUCGCUCGUUUCGGCCGUGGACAUAAGAAGAUGGCCAGACAAGCUCAGAGCAGGAUGAAACUACUGGCGAAAUUACAGGAAGAGACAGUGGGUUUGGAUAUGGACGAUCCAUAUCUGAAACUAGACUUUCCAGCCGCAAAUGAAUUGCCACCACCGUGUAUUUCAGUGCAGAACGCCGCGUUCAAGUACCCAGGGGGAGAUCGCGAACUCUACAGGGGUCUCAAUUUCGGAGUGGACAUGGACAGCAGGGUAUUUCUAUGUAUUCGAUACACCUGGUGCUGCUGAAGAAGAUAGACUGCUCUUAUAAGAUUGCUCAAUGGAAGAUAUGAAAGAUGGUCGUAGAGCUGGUGCUAACCUGCUGUUAAGAUUGCUCAAUUGAAGAUAUGAAAGAUGGUCGUAACUCGAUUCAUAUGAAAGAUGGUCGUCGUAACUCGAUUGAUAUGAAAGAUGGUCGUAACUCGAUUGAUAUGAAAGAGAUUGGGGGCUGUUGGUGUCUGACUCGGUUCCACAUGGCAGAUUCGUCUGCCUGGUGUGCCGUUUUUUGUGGCUCUUGUCAACUACGCCCGACGUUGGGGAGAUGGAGUCGCGCCCAUGAAAUGAAAUAAAAAACUCGAACCCGCUUCGUCCCAGCCGGUGCGGCCUGGCCGCGGUGUGGUGGACCCUCAACCUUAACCUUAAGCUUGAGCAUCAAACUUCCUCGCUGCGAAGUAGUAACAAGAUGCUCAUCUUGUUACUGUACCCAGAUUCCUCUCUGAGAGUAAGUAACAGAGAGAAGUAGUACCCAGCUUCCUCUCUGAGAGGUACUGCAGCUUAACACAAGUGCAACACACUUCCUCUCUGUGAAGUACUGCUCCUUAACACAAGAACUACAAUAUAUGUAAUAUGGACGCUUUUCCCACAAAUACAACAGGUCGCCAUCGUCGGCCCUAACGGUGCUGGUAAGUCGACGUUUCUGAAACUGCUUGAUGGCACCUUAGAACCCACCGACGGCGCCGUUAGUCGACAUCCGAAAUUGAUUAUCGCGAGAUUUACCCAGCAUCACCUGGAAAUGAUGGACGCUGAAGAAGACAGUGUAACCCACAUGCGCAGACUAGGAAACCUCCAGGAAGACGGCACAAGCGACGUGUCAAUCGAGGAAGCUAGGAAGUAUCUCGGAAGGUUUGGCUUAGUGGGAGAAUUACCCCUGAACCCUAUCAAGACACUAAGUGGAGGACAGAAAAGUCGCCUCGCAUUUGCGGGCUUAGCAUGGAGGCAGCCGCAUUUGCUGCUGUUGGAUGAGCCGACAAAUCACUUGGACUUGGUACUUACGUGGUUUGGUUAGAAGGCGAUAAUUCAUUUGGUUUUAUGGCCAUAACGAAUCACUUGGACUUGUUGGUACUUAGGUCCUUUGGUUAGAAGGCAAUAAAUAAUUGAUUUGCAGCUUUUCUUUGGCCAUUUGGUUUUUUCAAAAGAACAACUGCCUAAUAACUAGAAAAUCUUCAAUUACAUAACUCCAUUGUUUUCUUUCCAAAUGAAUCUGACUACGCACCUGCAGUUCCUCCCACAGGAAACUGCUCACUCGGUCAUCUCCAAACUACUUAUCAUAUACAUAUGAGUUUGUACUUAACUACAAUCACCAAUACUAAUGGUUGUUCCAUAUUAACAGGAAACCAUCGAAGGCCUCGCCAUGGCUUUGAACGAGUUUGAAGGUGGCGUAGUGCUCGUCAGUCACGAUGAGCGCUUACUCUCAAUGGUCUCCGACGAAAUUUGGGUCGUGAUGCCUGGCGAAACGGAACAGGACGUUGGUGGUGUCACAGUCUUUGAUGGGUCCUUUGACGAGUACCGAAGAAUGUUACGCGAUGAGAUGGCUGGGAAGAGCUUGUUGAAAGCGGCAGGAGGUGGCAGAAUAAAGGCGAAAAAAGGAUGA